CAUUUGUUCCAUGUUUUUGCUCCAGAUUGAAGUGAUUCUAAAGUUUGAAGAAAUGUGUUUGGAAUCUGCCAAUGAGUUUGCUCCAUUGUUCACAAAGAUUUUGCACUACCUGUAUAAUGAAGAUAUUGUAGAAGAAGAUGCUAUUUUGAGCUGGGAAGAUGAGAAAAAAGAUGCGGAUGAGUCGGAUAAAGUAUUCGUUAACCAAGCCCAAAAACUAAUUCAAUGGCUAAAAGAGGCUCUUGAAGAAGACGAUGACGAGGAAGAGUAGAAAGAGUUUUGAGAUCAAAAAAUCAAUAUUUUUGUUCAGGUGCUGUUUACCAUCUUGGGAGCUUAUGAGGGAUUUUUGUGCAUUAAUCUAGCCUUUGAAUUCAAGUGUGAUUCUCUUUUCACAUGGAAUCUUUGU